CCCACUCUGCGUGCACGCCCUUCUGACGAGAACGAAGAGUUCAUUCUGUUAUUCGGUGUUUGAUAUUUAAACAUCGCUAAAUAAAUACACCAAAUAUUACUGUUUAAACUUACACUUCCAAAAGGAUUAAAUCAUCCAUUAAAUAUAUUGGAGUUUUUGAAGAACCAGUCAAGGACCUGAUUCACCAGGAAACAAGAAACUGACACCGUGGGAAUCAACCAGGAAAUCCAUUACAAAAUAAGGUAGACAGGAAAACGAAGAAGAAAUCAUGCCAGCACCAACAUCAGAUGCGGCUGGACCAGCAGAAGGAGCUGGUCCACCUCGUACCGAGCUCCAGGAGUUACAGCUAAAAGCUGAUCAAACAACUGAUGAAUCCUUGGAGAGUACAAGGCGUAUGUUAGCACUAUGCGAGGAGAGCAAGGAGGCCGGCAUCCGCACUCUGGUCGCUCUCGACGACCAGGGAGAGCAAUUGGACCGAAUCGAAGAGGGGAUGGAUCAGAUAAAUGCAGAUAUGCGAGAAGCAGAGAAAAAUCUCACGGGAAUGGAAAAAUGUUGUGGCAUUUGCGUGCUGCCUUGCAACAAGGGAGCGAGUUUCAAAGAGGAUGAAGGAACGUGGAAGGGCAAUGACGAUGGCAAAGUCGUCAAUAAUCAACCACAGCGGGUGAUGGAUGAUCGUAAUGGACUUGGACCUCAGGGUGGCUACAUUGCAAAAAUUAAUAAUGACGCACGUGAAAAUGAAAUGGAAGACAAUAUGGGUCAAGUUUCAACGAUGAUUGGUAAUUUAAGAAAUAUGGCUAUCGACAUGGGAAGUGAACUGGAGAAUCAGAAUCGCCAGAUUGAUAGGAUCAAUCGCAAAGGUGAAUCAAACGAAACACGAAUACAAGUGGCGAAUGAACGGGCACAUCAGCUACUUAAAUAAGCUGGUUAACAAGAAAAUAAAUAAUAAUAUUUCCGGCAUAUAUAAAAUUUAUUUUAUUCCCCAAUCCCGCCUUUAGCUAAAUUUAUCUAAGAAUAAAUUCAACUUAUUCUAAACGCUCUUUGCAUCAUCAAUCAUACCUUCAAUGUGCAAUUCGAGAUUAUUAAUUAGACUAGCAGUAUCCAGAAAAAAAUAAUAAUACGUAUUUAUAAUUAGAUAUUUUUGACUUGAUAAUUAAUCAGUAGCUAGAGAUGAAAAACAAAGAUUAAUAAUUAAUAAUUCCAGUAUUACUUUACUUAAUUAAACAAUUAAAAAACGAACAAAAAUCCAAACGAAUUAAUGAUAAUGUCUAUUUAAUACAAUUAAAUAUUAUUUAAAUCUCGAUUGCAUUUAUUGUAAAACAAAUUUAUCGCUAAAAAUAUUGCGAUGUAUGUUGUUGUUAUUAUUGUAUUAGAUUUCUGUCGAACAAAUACCUUAAGUAUAAUGAAAAAACAAAAAAAAAUUAAUUUCUUUAUUAAUAUUAUAAAUAAAUUUGCAAAUAAUAUAAUUGCUUAAUUAUAAUACAAGCGUAUAUUGAAUAAUUGAUUACAAUUUGCACAAAUUAAAUUUCUGGAUGUUACGCACGGUUGAUUGAUUAUUACUGGUGGGAAUGUGAGGAAUGUUGUUCCGGUAACUAAAUUUGUUACCUUGUGUAUAGAAUGGUCAUUUAAUUGAUCAUUAAAUUUAAAAAAAAUACAUAAUAUAUGUUAUAAAUCGUA